AUGCUGACGUCGAGCCAGGAAGCCCCCGGGAGGGACAUCUUCUGUCCACAGAUGUAUGUUUCUCAUUGUUUUGGUCUUCCUCUUCGGUACUUCAAGGAUGAUGAAACCAAGUCUCGAAAGGGACGAGCCGCGGACAACCCGAAGAACUCCCGCUGGGUUUUGAUGCAUGCAAAAUUGGUUCGACCAAUCCAGGGGAACCAUAGAGGAUUUUACUUGGCCCAAGGUCGAAAGACACCAGUGAUAGGGUCAGGCACCCGAAUUGACUUCGAAUAA